AGCAGCUUCCUAGAAGUCUCCCAUACAGUGUUCCAGGACCAUGGAGCAUGCCCUCCCUUCCUCCUGCUGAGCAGAGUAGGGUGGCCCGGGUAUGACAUUACCUGCACCCUGGUCAGACAGGUCCUCAGCUGUGAUCGCCGUGCUGCUGUGAAAGAGUGUCCUGGCAGGAAGUCGUCCUCCCUUGGCUCCUGCUUGCGUGUCAGGGGCAGCAUGCUGCUGCAGAGUGUCUGCUGGCUGGUGCUGCUCUCCUGGGGCCUGGCCCCCGCAGACGGCUCCUCCUUCACCACCAGGGCCCAGGGCCUCAGAGGACGCAUCCAGAGGGACCGCAGGAACAUCCGGCCCAACAUCAUCCUCAUCAUGACCGACGACCAAGACGUGGAGCUGGGUUCUCUGCAGGUGAUGAACAAGACCCGGAAGAUCAUGGAGGACGGCGGUACCUCCUUCACCAACGCCUUUGUGACCACGCCCAUGUGCUGCCCGUCGCGCUCCUCCAUGCUAACGGGGAAGUACGUGCACAACCACAACACCUACACCAACAAUGAGAACUGCUCCUCCCCCUCCUGGCAGGCCCAGCACGAGCCGCGCUCCUUCGCCGUCUACCUCAACAACACAGGCUACCGGACAGGGUUCUUCGGGAAGUACCUCAACGAGUACAACGGCAGCUACAUCCCGCCUGGGUGGCGCGAGUGGGUGGGACUGAUCAAAAAUUCCCGCUUCUAUAAUUACACUGUGUGUCGGAACGGCUACAAGGAGAAGCACGGAGCGGAGUACGCCAAGGAUUACUUUACGGACCUCAUCACCAACGACAGCAUCAACUUCUUCCGUAUGUCCAAGCGGGUGUACCCUCACAGGCCGGUCAUGAUGGUCAUCAGCCACGCCGCGCCCCACGGCCCGGAAGAUUCCGCUCCACAGUACUCGGAACACUUCCCCAACGCAUCACAACACAUAACCCCAAGUUACAACUAUGCACCAAACAUGGACAAACACUGGAUCAUGCAAUACACAGGCCCUAUGAGGCCUAUCCACAUGGAGUUCACCAACUUCCUCCACAGGAAGAGGCUGCAGACCCUCAUGUCUGUAGAUGACUCUGUACAGAAGGUUUACGACAUGUUAGUGGAGAGUGGUGAGCUGGACAACACCUAUGUUAUUUACACUGCUGACCACGGCUACCACAUUGGUCAGUUUGGCCUGGUGAAGGGGAAGUCCAUGCCUUACGACUUUGACAUCCGAGUCCCGUUCUUCCUCAGAGGACCCAAUGUGGAGCCAGCUGCAGUGAACCCUCACCUGGUGCUGAACAUUGACCUGGCCCCCACCAUCCUGCACAUCGCCGGGCUGGACACCCCUCCUGACAUGGACGGCAAGUCCAUCCUCAAGCUUCUGGAGCAGGAAAAGACCGGAAACAGAUUCAAACCUAACCGGAAACCCAAAGUCUGGAGGGACACAUUCCUGGUGGAGCGAGGUAAGAUCGUGAGGAAGAAGGAGGAUGCGGCUGUGGCCACCCAGCACACCAACAGCCUGCCCAAGUACAAGAAGGUCCAGGAAGUCUGUCAGCAGCCAGAGGUCCAGACGCCGUGUGAGCAGCCUGGACAGAAGUGGCACUGUGUCGAAGAGAUCACUGGGAAGUGGCGCAUCCAGAAGUGUAAGGGCGGCGGGCUGAAGGAGGGCACCAGGAAGACGGCCCGGAGUCUGAGGGCCCGGGGCGUGAGGGCGCGGGGCGUGAGGGCCCGGGGCUAUGACCGGGACAGGGACUGCCAGUGUGGGGACGGCCUCUUCAAACCCCCCCGGCCCGACCGCCGCUCCCAUCGCCAGUUCCCACCCUCCUCAGGCCAACGCUUCAGACCUCGCUUCGUCCACACCCGGCCCACCAGGUCCUUGUCUGUGGAGUUUGAGGGUCAAAUCUACGACGUCGACCUCCAGGCGGACGACCAGUCGGCCGUCCAGAGACGUGUCAUCAGAAAGCGCCACUACGAGCCGGAGGAUCCCGAGUUUAACCUGGAGUCAGAUGACGGCUCCGAGGAAAUGCUGGCGGAUGACACGAACGCCGUGGGCUACCUCAACUCUCUCAAAGUCACCCACAAAUGCUACAUCUUGAUGAAUGACACGGUGCACUGUGAGAGAGAGAUCUACCAGUCCUCACGAGCCUGGAAAGAUCACAAGAGCUAUGUCGACCAGGAAAUCGAAGCGCUUCAGGACAAGAUUAAGAACCUACGCGAAGUGAGGGGUCACCUGAAGAGAAGGAGACCAGACGAGUGUGACUGUGGGAAGAAGAGCAGCUACUAUAGCAAAGGAGAGAGGGUGAAAGCAGAGAGGGUGAAGAACAAGAAUGACCAGCUCCACCCCUUUAAGGAGGCGGCACAGGAAGUGGACGGCAAAGUGUAUAACGAGAUCCGCAGGAAGAAGAAGGAGAGGAAGGAGAGGAAGAGGCUGAAGACGGGAGAUGACUGCAGCCUGCCCGGCCUCACCUGCUUCACCCACAACAACGAGCACUGGCAAACUGCCCCCUUCUGGAACCUGGGAGGCUUCUGUGCGUGCACCAGCUCCAACAACAACACCUACUGGUGCCUGAGGACCAUCAACGAGACCCACAACACUUUGUUCUGUGAGUUCGCCACCGGCUUCCUGGAGUUCUUUGACCUCAACAGCGACCCUUACCAGCUGACCAACGCGGUGUACACAGUGGACAGGGACCUGCUGAACUCCCUCCACGCUCAGCUGAUGGAGAUGAGGAGCUGCCAAGGACAUAAGCAGUGUAACCCCAGACCGAAAGGCCUCGACACAGCCCUCAGCCCUGGGACGGACGAAAAGGUUAAGUUGCCUAACCUGACGGAGGAGGAGGUGGACUGGCGGGGACUGGAGGAUCUGUAUAGUGUGAACGAGAGCCUGUACCAGGGCAGGACUGAUUACACCCCCAACCCAGAUGACUGGGCAAACUUCCAGAAGGAUGUAGAUAAUAUGUUUGCACUGCGACACGUUUUAGACAAACUUAACCACACCCAUGAACUUGACACGCCCUCCCUGGCUGAGCGGGGCUCUGGAGCCGGGGCAUUGGACGAGGGGAGCGGAGAGUGGGGUCCCCGUGUAAUCAUCUGGCCUGGCCUGGUCACCGCAAACCAGGCCACAGUGGGACCCCACAUCACCCCCGCCCCCAGCACCACCCCAGCACCACCAGCCCCCUCGCCCACGCCAGAGAGGGAACUAGAAUCUGUGAACGACCUGCCACAGAGGCCCAUGGACAGACCCAUCCAAUCUGUGAUGUCACCCGCGACCUCAUCGGUGAGCCUGCCGCCGGGUCAAUGGAGGUUGGGGGCCGUUUCCCGCGGCGACGGCUGGGCCCGGCAGCUGGAGGAGCUGGACGGCGAGGGAGAGGGUCUGACCUUCAGUGGCAACGGGCUGACGGAACUGGAGACGAGACACAACGUCAUUCUGCGCACUCACAACAGCCUGCAGGCUCACCUCCAGUCCCAGCCCAGCAGGGAGGGACCCGGCCUGGAACUAGAGGACGAGGAGGAUAUCUUCCACGCCCAGGGCUACCUGCCUCUCUCCCUACAGACAAUGAGGCCCACAGCACAGGCCGCCAGCACCACAGGGAGCCCCCCACCUCGCCAGACUAGUGCCCCCCAGGGGGCGGGAGAGGUAACACAGCCACACCAGACCUCUCAGGCCCUGGACUACGAGGGGAGUGGCUCCCCCCACAAGCCCUCCAAUCCCACCCAGUGAGACAGAUGUUCAGUCGAUGGGCGGCAGGUCGCCACGGAGACAGAGAGGUGGGUCUGAGGGAUGAGCAGGCCGUGAGAGCGUGUGCAGCGUCACCUCAGCCCAGGUCACAGCUGUGUCAUGAGUAUUAAAGUUGUUCUGGUUUAUUUUUUUACAGGCGCUUCCAUUUAUUAGUCGACAGUGUUAUGUUGUUUUUUCAAAUAUAUAUUUAGAAAAGAAAAAGCCUUAACGCAGCUAAAAUACUGGAAUUACAGAUGUUCAAUUCCUAGUGGAUAACACCAUCGAUGUUUUUUAAUAUAUUUUUUUGUUUGUUUAAAAACUGGUUACUAGAAUGAUAAAACCAUUUUCAGGUCUAAUAGCUUCUAUUAGCAUCGGCCAAUCAUUAGCAGCGUCUGAGACUGACAACCAAUCAAGACUGUACACAUCACCAUGAGUUUAACCACUGAUGGCUCAAAUCAUCCCAACAUGCACAUUUAACAUUUUGAAUCCCCACCCCAUGUUCUGAGUACCUUCCCACCAAUGUUUUUUAACUAUCAAAAAUAGGGGUUUGAGAUGAGAAUGUUGAUGUAUGUUGAUACUUUUUAACACUCUACACAAUGUGUUUGAUCUGUGGAUAUUUGUGCUGCUGCAAUCCCAUAUUUGAAUGUUGAUUUCACAACAGUUUCAAAAUCAUAUUUCAUAGCUUUGAUUACGAAACUCGCAUAAUUCAUUCUUCACCUGUUUGACGGUUUCCUUUGCAUACGGUUCAUAUUUACCACAUGACUUAACAUCACUGCAAAACUUAAACACCUAUUAUUUUUUUAAGCACAUAAAUAUAUCAACGACCUGUAAACAGAUGAGCAAUUUGACAUUUAUUUUUAUUAAAUGUUUCAUUGUGUAACAUUUUCGUAUACAGAAUCCCCAAAUUACUUGGAGAUCAUCUUCCAGUUUUUGCAAGUGCUUUGAUAAUCAAGAAUGAUCACCUGCUGUAUUGUAGUAAUGUUCAUCAACUCCAUCAUGGAGCACGUGCUCAAAGACAAAAUGUGUUUUGUGUCAAUUUUGUGGUAUUACAGAUGUUGUGCCAUAUUUCACAUGGUUAUUAACUUGUCUGCUGAAUGGAACCUCCAUAUGAUGUACUGGCUUGUAUUCUCAAUAUCAUCAGACAUUUAUUCUGUCUAUGGUUCUGUUCCCCCCCCCCCCCCAGACCAACCCACACCUCUUUAAGACCAUGCUUGUCUGGUAGGUCAACAGUGAUGGUACUGUCAUCUUGCUAUUCUAGCUUUUUUACAAUAUGUGUAGAAGUGUUGCAACGAUUCUGGUUUCAGGAAAGCCAAGAAGCUGUUAAAUAAAAAUGUCAAA